AUGACUCAAAUACCCACGCCACCAGCGUCACGACAGAGCUCGGAGGCACCUGAAGUGAAGGUGAAGCCAGUAGCUUUGGAGGAUUCGGUCCAAUGCUUGGAUACACUUCUGGAGCAAUACUUGCACCUGCUUGAUCGGCAGCAGAAAUUACAUUCAUGCUUGGCAGAACAGCUGUCUUCGGGGUUUUUUGCUCUCGCUCAGGCCAAUUUCUCCAGUCCUGGCCGUCGCUAUGGUCCUGAUUUUUACGAUGAUCGCAUGAAAGCAACGAGAAAGAUAGCAAUCCAAUCUGAACGAGACGCGGAAAACCCCAAUCCACAAGAGAAAGAGUAUAUCCGUGCGCCUGAUUCUGAAUACACAUUCUCCGUCAAAACCACACCUAGUCAUCCACCGGAAGCCGAUGGGAACAAUGAAACCAAAGCCUCUACGGUCCUAGAUGGGCCCGAGGCCUCCGAGACCGAGAAAAUUAGCCCGGCCGAGAUGGCUAACUUACAACCCUCUGACACUGCGGAAAAUGAACGGGUUAAAAAAACAAUGGCCAUCCCCAAGAAGUUUCGCUCUGCCGAUCCAAUUCAUUGGUAUGGAAUAUUGGUCCCUCAGUCGCUGCGGAGGGCGCAAGACUGUUUCGCAAAUGCAAUAGACAAUCAGGUGCCAGAUUUAGCUAGUACAACGGUCGAAAUGCGAGCCCUGGAACGGCAGAUCGGCCAAUUACGGGCUCGGCUGGAAACAGAAUCUUCCGAUGCAAGCGCAACUAGUCCGUGA